UUAAUUCAGCUAUUUGUUACGGAGUUUCUUUAGUAGAGACCAAGGGUGGACGUUAUUUUGUCAAUAUCAUGAAGAGUUUCAUUGUAUUUUUGGUGGUUGCUUCAGUGAUUGCUUGUGGUUAUGCUACUGCUGUCGGUGAAAAUGUUCAACAGACAACCGUGGCAGCUAAAGAAGAGGCAACCGAUUCAACUAAAUUUGAUUUUGAAACAGAAAUAAGAGGGACUAUAGACACCUCAUUUGUCACAGAUGAACCUGUGAAACUGGAAGAUGUGGACAGCGGUGUGGAAAAAAAUCCAACAGUUGCACUAAUCAGGAAUCGUCGUCUCACCUGUGACUUCUUCUCCUUCAGUUCAUCACAUGUGACGCCCAAUCACGCGGCGUGCGCAACAAAAUGCAUGGGAAUGGGACGCAAAGGUGGCAGCUGUCAUGGUACCAACUGUGUCUGCCGGAAUGACAAGUGGGUUGGAUAAUCCAAGAUGGAUAACCCACUGCAUAUGCUUAAAUGACUCCAGUAUUCCUUGUUCUAUGACUCAUUGUAUUCCAGUAUUAAAAUGAUUGAGAUUAAUUAAUUGGAUAAGCGAACGCUCAUCUACUCGGGACGAAUAUGUAGUGACAAAGCAAACGAAACAAUAAACGUUAAU